AUGGAUGGAUUUGGUGAUUUGGCUGAUUUCGAUCUCAUGGAUGGAUUGGAUGACAUGAAUGAAUAUGACUCCGAUAACAUGGACGUUAUGGGCAUUCGGGCUAAGUAUAACAACAUUGCUGGAUUCGAUAUCAUGGCUGAAUCUGACUUGGAUGAGUUUGAAGACAAGGAUGACUCCGAUCGUAUGGAAGUAUCUGAAUUUGCAUCUGACAUUAUGGAUGAAUCGGAUGCUGAUGAAUCCUCUCUACAAGCCCCCUCCCUCUACUCACAAGAAGGAGUUACAAAUGGUCCACCCUAUGGCGAGGCGCUACCCCCUGUAACUUGUGCUAUCAGGUUCGUUACAUUCGAGAAUUUGACCGGCAACUAUGGGUUCACAUCUCGCAUAUUUGCUGGGUGUGCGCACAGUCUUGUAGGAUUUGAGGCUUGGACUCUCAGUGUUGAUGAACACUUUGAACCGCUGGACCCCCUUCUCUGA